AUGAGUGUCCCCACCACCGCCUGUCCCGCUCUCAAAACCCUCACCGAUUUCCUCUCCGUCUCCUUUGACUAUCUCAUCGUCGGCGGCGGCACGGCUGGCCUUACCAUCGCGGCGAGAUUGUCCGAGGACCCGGGUGUCAAGGUUGGUGUGCUGGAGGCUGGGCCCGCGAAAUUGGAUGAUGUCAAUGUUGCUAUUCCGGCGGCUUUUACGAAGUUGAUUGGGAAUGAGGAGUUUGAUUGGUGUAUGAGGACGGUGCCGCAGGCUGGCACGAAAGGGAUGGUUCAUGCGUUUUCCCGAGGCAAGGUUCUAGGCGGAUCGAGUGCGAUUAACCUUAUGAUGUAUAUUCGAGGGCAGGCGGCUGAGUACGAUGAUUGGGCUCGACUGACGGGGUAUUCGGGGUGGGGAUGGGAGGGGUUGAAGCCGUAUUUUCUCAAGCACGAAGGCUUCGUAGAACCGGUUGUGAAGGCUACACAGCUGCCGCAGAUCAAUGGAGAUGGCUCAUCGGUGGAGUUGGAGACGGUCACAACUCCUCCUGUGUACGAGAUCGAGAGCCAUGGCAUGACUGGACCUAUAAAGACCACGUUCCCAAUUUGGGUCGCUCCGGUGGCGGAGGAGUGGCUCCAAGCAAGCAAAAAUGCAGGGUUGGCGUGGGAAGCACCAAAAGAUGCGUGGAGUGGGAACCUCCUUGGUGGUUUUACGCAUUUGAGUACGAUUGACCGCAGUAAAGGCUCAGGCACGAGAAGUUAUGCUGCAUCCGCGUACCUCAAGCCGAAUGCUGAUAGGGCGAAUUUGUUCGUUUUGACAGAAGCGGUUGUGAAGAAUAUGAUCUUUGAUCAGAGCGGACAGAAACCGAGGGCUAUAGGUGUCAAAGUGGCGAAAGGCGGGGAGGACUUCAUCGUCAAUGCCAGAAAGGAGAUCAUCUUGUCAGCCGGAGUGGUACACACGCCACAGAUUCUGGAGCUAUCGGGCAUCGGCAAGCGGUCACUUUUAGAAAAAUGCCAGAUUGAAUGCAUAAUGGAGAAUGAAGCAGUAGGUGAACACCUCGAAGAUCACGUAAUGACCGCUUUAUCAUACGAACUUGUGGAAGGACAAUUCUCGCUUGACAGCAUGGUCGAUCCAAGCUUUGCUGAAAACGCCACGGCUCAAUACAUGAAAGGCGAAGGAGGUCCCUUGUCCAGCUCGUUGACGUCCACUGGUUUCAUUUCCAUAGCGCAAAGCACAGACGAGCAAGAAAUAGAUCGACUGGUAAGUUUGGCCAACGAGACAGUCUUGCAAGCCAAAGACCUCGCAGCGCGCAAUGAAUACGAAACGCUUUCAGCGCGGCUGCGAAACCCUAGUGCAGCAAGUCUUCAGUUUCUCAUUCUGCCUGCCUCGUUUGAUCCCAGUCGCGUCGACGGGUCAAGACCUGUUCCGGUACCGGGCGUCGUUAAUAGAGGGGUGACUAUUCUUGCUGCUAUCACUCACCCCUUCUCCCGCGGGUCUUCACAUAUCGAUGAACAGGAUCCGGAAGGACAGCCAUUGAUUGACCCUCACUACCUGGAACGCGAUCUCGACGUGGAGAUGCUGUCUCAUGGACUGAGAAUUGCGGACGAGGUCUUCCAGACAUCACCUCUGCAGCAGAAGAUCAGACAAAGAAACUUUCCACCGCAGGAUUUCCCGCUACAUGAUCUUGCGAAUCGGAAGGAGUACGUACGUGGGAAUACUAGGACGGAGUAUCAUCCAAUAGGUACAGCAGGUCUUGGACGUGUUGUUGAUGAUAGGCUGAAGGUGUUUGGGGUGGAAGGAUUGAGAGUCGUUGAUGCUAGUGUCUUUCCCAUGUCUGUGUCGGGAAAUAUCAUGGCGCCUGUCUAUGCGGUCGCUGAGAAGGCGGCUGAUAUCAUCAAACAUGACAGUGCAUGA